UUCUUCUUCAAGGCCGUGACUUCCCCCUCCACACAAAAUCUCUUCCUCUCUCUCACGCGGAUUCCCUCUCCAUCUCUCUCAAGAUCCGCGGCCACCGGAGUUCGCCCCUCGCCACCGUGCGUUCGUCCUCGUUUGCGCUAACAAGUCAGCCGCCAGCCAGCCUCGCGUUUGCCGUCCGCCAGCUGCAGUCAGCGCCGCCGGAUCCGUCGCGCACGGGUUCAGACGCCGCCACGCCGACCACCGGUGGGAGGUCCGAAGUUGGGCGUUUUUGGCUCAAAUUUGGUGGGUUUCUUGGUUUUCUUGAAUGGGACUUGAAUGCCCAUUAAGUUUUGGUGUUAAAAUUGAUUUAGCCAUGAUGUUCGAUGCUAGAUUCGAGUUUAGAAGGCCCUUAGUGUGCUGUCUAGCGGAGUUAAGGCGAUUUCGACAAGUUUUUGGUAAGGGUUUGGGUCUGUUCAGUGAUUUUUCUUAGAGUUCUUGAAUACCCAUUUGGUGUUGGCAUGAAAUUAAUAUUACACCCAUAAUGUUUUGGAUGAAAGAUUGAAGAUUUGGAGGAUUUUGAAUAGAUUUCCAGCAAGGUCGGGUCUGAAAUUGGUGGGAUUUUGUUGAGUUCUCGUCUAAAUGUAGAUUUACCCAUUAAAUUUUGCACCGGUUAAGUUUAUUACUUUUAAUGCUUAUGCAAGAUUAGAGCUUGAAGGACUGUGAGGUGCUGUUCAGUAGCCGCUAAGGUUUUCCACGCCACCUUUGGUGAGCUCUCGAACCAUGGAUUAACUUUGAGUACUUAUUGGGUGUGGGAGAUAGGGUCCUAACCUUUAAAAUUAGAUUGUGCUUAGAUUCGAGUUCUUGAGAGGUUUGGAAGUGGUAUUGGAGCAAGCUACUCACUUGGAUUUGAUUCAUGAUGAUGUACCUAGAAAUGGGUUAAAAUGGGUAAUUGAUAAAAGUACAGUUUAAUUCUCUUUUUACCCACUUGUAUUCAAAUUCUAUAAAUAGGAGUCUUCCCCCUCAUGUAUGGAUAGCAAUUAAUAAAACUUCUUUUCAAGAAUCGUUCAAGAAUUUUUUAGAUUUGUAGUCUACAUCAAAUUGGUAUCAAAGUAUCCGUCUGGACCAAGUUGACUGCUGCCAGUGGAAGAUCGGGAACUUUGUGAGUUGUGUUCGUUGCCGUACAACACAUAUCUAAUUAGGGGAAUCCUAAAAACUCCAAGAAAGAAAAAACCAAAGAUUUUUCGAGAUUUUGCAAGAAUGGACUAUUACCGAUCGAAGAAGAUGUCCAAGAAAAAAUACAACAGUUUGUAUAGGCAAGAAAAUCAAUUUUACUUCCAAAAACAAUAUUGGAAUUCUGACUCAAGUGAUUUAGAAGAAGAAUUCCAACAUUCUAAUUUUGUCCAUGCUCGAUUUUAUCAAAGAGGCUAUCAUUGUCCACAUUGGAAAUUUGAUUCUAAUGAUUCUAGUGACUGAUGAAGGAAAUUCGAGAUGGAAUAGGAAGGCGACAAUAUCAGAAAAGGGCCCAACUAUCCAAUCAACCCCAUUUUUCAAGAAAUCAACCUAAAGAUUAGAAGUUAGAUGAAUGAAAGAAUCAUCUAGAAUGAAUUUUUACAGCCCAAGAAGAAUGUUCAAGACUCAAAAUUACUCGUUUGAUUAUGAAACACGAUCAAGAAAAGUUGAUUCGAGAAAAUCAAUGGAUGAGUCCUGUGCCCAAUAUGAGAUUAAAACAUAUUCAAGCAUCCAACAAAAUGAUUACUUUGAUCCCGUAACAUUGGAGGAAAUAAAGAAAACAACAAAAGAAAUCCAAUGUUCAUUGGGGAAAAUGAAUCAACAUAUUGAUCAACUAUCAAUUCAUUUGCAAGAGUUCAAGAACGGAUUGAUUUCAUAUACCGAAGAAAAACAAAAGAAUCACGGUUGAAAAAUUUUCAAAUAGAAAAUCAUGAAGAUAUGAAAAAAAAAACAAGAAUUUGAAGAUGUUGAUUUGGAAAUAGUUGCAAGUGAAGAUGAAAAAUCUAACGAAGAAGAUGAAAAAGAAAGUAUCUAACAUCGAGCAAGAAUCAAACAAGAAUGGCACACUAAUUGCGGUGGAAAUGGAUCACCGAACUAUCGAAGAACUUGAAUCGAAUGAUAAAGAAGACAUGAUUCUUGAACGAUUCUCUUUGGAAGGUGGUUUUUUAGUAAUUGGUCGUUUGAAGAUGGUUUUUAUUGAACUUGAAGGAAACAUCUUUUUUGGGUUUAUGGCCGAUGGAGAAGUUCAGUUUUUGGUGGCAAUAUUCGAUUUUUUGUCUCCAAUUUAUAUCUUUGAUCAUAAUAUUUUUGUUCAAUACAUAGGAGGUUGGUUUGGUCAUACUCCGUUGAACAAGUUUAUUUCAUUUCUUGUUUGCUUCAUAAAUUUUUUUCUUUUUAAAACUUGAGGACGAGUUUUCUUUUUGAAGGGGUAGAAUGAUGUAAGAAGAAUAGGGGUUAAUUGGGUUAUUAGGUAAUAUUCUAGGUUAAUUCCCUUUUUACCCCACUUGUAAUAAAACUCUGUGAAUAGGAACCUUUCCGUCUUGUAUCAAACACAUUAUUCCUUCUAAUAAAAGAUUUACAAUCUUGGUUCUGGGAGAUUUCUUUCCUUUUAUCAUUUAGGCUACAUCACAGGAUUUCAAAGGUCGUCUAAGGAGGUUGGUUUUGCUUAGAUAGACAUUUGGACAUAAGUUCAAAUUCAAACGAAAGUGGGGAGAACAUAUAAUUCUAGAGGAUCGAGCCAUUGUCAGUGAGUGGUUAUUUUCGAGUAUUUGAUAUGAAAAUUUAUUUAAGUUAUAGAGUUUAAUUUGAUUUGUGAAUAAAUGCGGGCAUGAACUAUUUUUAUGACUAAGAAUUCGUUAAUGUUUGAGUGGUGGUCUUAUUUUUUGUGCUUUCACAAAAGUAUAUGACCUGAAUUUAUGAAAAUGUGUUUCUAACCAUAUUUGGCUUUUAAACCUGAAUUAUGUGAUUUUUAUGAGAAAAAGAGGACGAUUUACUCAUAUGCUAUUUGAAUGUAUUUUCGUAGCGCCACCUAUGGUUGUCAGGGGAUUUCUGGGGUUGAAAGAUGCCGUAACCUGGAAACUCAAGAACCUGAGCCUAGGUGAGGAUAGGGAACGAGAUGUUGUAUUGGCUUUGGGGCUUGAUUAACCCUUGGAGGGUAGCCACCCUGUGUGCACAUAUGAGCAGUGAUUAUGAUGAAAUGGAUAUUGUAAUGAGGUUGCCACUGUGUUGGAAGUGCCAAAUAUGUUUGAACUUGGUAUGACCGCAUGUUCCCUUGUUAUUGAACCUGUGUGACCUAUGCUCGGCCAUAUAUUUGGUGUAAUCCAUCGUGGUAGACCGGAAUAUGGUACAGGAUUGAUGGUGGCUCACAAUAAUAACUUGUAUAUGUUUUAUAACAUGUAUAUCUGGAACUUUAAUCAUGCCAUUAAAUGUCAAAAUGUGUUUGAAUGUUAUUUAUUGGAAGUAUGAUUUGACAAACUCUAUAUUAUUAUGAACUUACCUCUCAUUGGAUUUUAGCUCAUGUUUUCGAUGUUUUCUCCCCCAAUAGCGGUCAAGUUCUGGGUGCCCGUUGAGUCGUCACACGCCAGUUGUUUUUGUUAAACAUUUGCUACAUCGUAUGUAUGUAUAUUUUGAGAGUACACCAGGAUAGUUGGGAUUGGUGAGCUGCAUGUCAUGAGAUAUUUGUUUUAAGUAAUGUAAUCUAUUUUGAAUUUGUUUUCCCAAUGUUUGUAUAUGAACACUUGUUUGGAUCCGAUGUUAUUGAAGGGUGUGUGGUGAGACACUCGGUAGUUGUUUUGAAAUCAAGUAUUUUGGAAGUGCAAUCUUCUUUUCUUUUUCAGAUGUGGUUAAUCAGUUUUUUAGGGGAAACUCUGUCGAAGCUUGAAACUUUUAUAAAAUUUUAUAAAAGACACAUUUACUUGCUCUUUGUUUUUCAAAAAUACGUUUAGAGUAGUGUCUUCAUGUCUCAAUCUAGGUUAGAGAGAAAAUCUAGAACAGGGUGUGAUAGAAGGGGAGACUAUUUUGUGGAGUGAUCUAGGGCUUGGGUGAGAGUACUCAAGAGGGAGGUUCCAAGUUCCUUUAUACUUGGAAUAUAUUGUAGUUCUUCUUUAAUUCUCAAUAUAUCUCAGAUCUUGAUUCUUGUAAGGUAGUAUCCUAACACUGUUUUGCAGAUUGGAGAGUAGCAGAUGUUGUGGUGGGGGACAACAUGAAGGUGGUGCUCUCUGGUUCCCAGUCCAUUCAAUCUUUUGGACUGGUGGAUGUGUUUGUUUUGAACUAGGUUGAAUCCUCAAGAUAUUAGAGAACUUGGAGGUCAUCUAGUAACCAUGGUAGAAGGUAAUGAGACAUUGAAAGACUCACGGACGGCCUAUGAAGAGGCAUUAGAUGCACUAUCUCUGUUGAUUGUCAACCGUAGACGCUGUGAUAAAUCUGGAGAUCGAUUUGAGUUGAUGUUUGAGUAUGUAAAGAUGCUUGAUUUGGAGGAGUCCAUGUUGCAAAUGAAGGUCAUUCAUGUAGCCGGCACCAAAGGCAAGGGAUCUACUUGCACCUUUACUGAAUCCAUAUUGCGUAAUUAUGGCUUCCACACGGGCCUUUUCACUUCUCCUCACCUUAUUGAUAUCCGAGAAAGAUUUCGUUUGGAUGGCGUCGACAUUAGUGAAGAGAAAUUUUUAACCUAUUUCUGGUGGUGUUAUAAUAGGUUAAAGGAAAAAACUAGUGAGGACGUACCAAUGCCUCACUUGUUUCGCUUCCUUGCAUUACUUGCAUUCAAAAUAUUUUCAGAUGAGCAGGUGGAUGUAGCUAUCUUGGAGGUUGGUUUGGGUGGAACUUUUGAUGCUACCAAUGUGGUCCAGGCACCCGUUGUGUGUGGUAUAGCUUCUCUGGGUUAUGACCACAUGGAACUUCUUGGAAACACUCUUGGUGAGAUAGCUUCAGAGAAAGCUGGUAUCUUUAAGCAUGGGGCUCCAGCUUUUACGGUAUUUCAACCUGAUGAAGCCAUGCGUGUGCUUAGAGAUAAGGCUUCGCAGUUGGAUGUACAACUUACAACAGUGUCGCCAUUGGAUCCCGAGCUACUUCAUGGUCGUAAACUUGGGCUUGAAGGUGAGCACCAAUAUCUAAAUGCUGGUCUUGCUAUUGCCCUAUCCUCCACUUGGCUUCACAGGGCUGGUCAUUCUGAACUGUCAUAUGUGGAGCAGAAUAGGUCUUUGCCUGAGCAGUUCAUAGAAGGGCUUACCACUGCCAGCUUUGAAGGGCGAGCGCAGAUUGUUCCUGAUAAAUACAUUGAUGUUGAAUCCCCAGACGAUCUUGUUUUUUAUUUGGAUGGAGCCCAUAGUCCCGAGAGCAUGGAGGCUUGCGGUAGAUGGUUUUCUGCUGCAAUAAGACAUAACCAGCCAGGAAAUUUAAAUCAGUCGGAGGAUAAUGCUACAUCUUCAAAUAAACUUCAAGGAUAUGAUAACGAUGAAGCAAGGAAGAAAUCUGUACAGGUGCUAUUGUUCAAUUGUAUGUCUGUGCGAGAUCCACAAUUGCUUCUCCCACCUCUGAUCAAAAUGUGCGCAAAUAAUGGUGUCAACUUCAAGAAAGCACUCUUUGUUCCAAAUACAUCAGUCUUUAACAAGGUUGGAACCCAUGGUUUACCAGAAACAAAUGGGCAAGUUGACCUUUCUUGGCAGUUCCAUCUUCGAAGGGUAUGGGAAAAGGAAAACACCAUGCAAUGUGUCAAAGGAAAUGAUUCUAAAGGGACUGGUGUUGUACUUCAAGAAGAAAGUGAAAAAUCAGAAGUGGGUGGUAAGAAUUGUGAGAAUAGCACAGUGUUUUCUUCUCUCCCAAUGGCUAUUAAAUGGCUCCGGGAUAGUGUCUUGCAGCAGAAUCGGUCCGUUCGACUUCAGGUUCUUGUAACUGGUUCCUUACAUCUUGUGGGAGAUGUGUUGAAAUUAAUCAAAUGAAGGAUGGGAUCUGUUUGGUGUUAAUUGCGAUGGGACUAAGCUUUUGGUUGAGAUUUUCUUGAACAAACAACAUUUUUGUUUUAUAGUUAGAUCAGAAGACUUCAGGUAAUGUUGGUGAUGAGGGUUACAUUUGUUCUCUUUCAUUAAUUAUUCUUAUGCUUCAGAACUGAGCAAUAAUGAGAAUUUUAGAAAUAUUCUUAAUGGAUCAUAUUUCCAGGGUUCACUGUU